UCUCUCCCCCUACUGGUGGGAAAUAUAUCCUUAUCAAAAAAGUCUGCCAAGUCCAUCUGGGGUAGAUAGAGAGACGUGCUAGUUCAGAAGUAAUCAUGGCAACAAGGUGGGGAAUCUGCAGUGCAGGGAAAAUCAGCCACGACUUUACAGUUGCUUUGAGGACCCUACCUCACGACGACCACCAGAUUAUGGCUGUUGCUGCUCGGAAUCUCCAGCAUGCACAAGAGUUUGCCAAAAAGCACAACAUCCCAAGAGCCUAUGGGAGCUAUGAGGAGCUAGCAAAAGACUCAGACAUAGAUGUGGUGUAUGUGGGAACCAUCCACUCUCACCACCUGAGCACAGGUAAGCUCUUCUUGACCUCCCAUAAGAACGUGCUCAUAGAGAAACCCCUGGCCAUGAAUCUAAGAGAGGUACUGGAGCUCACCAACACAGCCAAGGAGAAUGAUGUCUUUCUAAUGGAGGCCAUCUGGACUCGUUUCUUCCCUGUGUCUGUAGAGGUGGGCAGGCUGCUGGGCCAGGGUGAGGUGGGAGAGGUCCAGAUGGUAAGGGCCGACCUGGGAGCCCCCCUCACACACAUCCCUCGCCUGACUCAUAGAGAGCUGGGUGGAGGGGCACUACUGGACCUGGGGAUCUACUGCCUGCAGUUUGUCUUCAUGGUGUUCAAUGGGGAGAGACCGGAGUCCAUCCAAGCCACGGGAUACUGUAUUGACACAGGAGUGGAUGGAACAGUAGUUUUGGUCUUAAAGUUCUCUGGGAACAGAAUGGCUGUGUGCACCUGCUCCAUCACGAUGAUGCUGACAAAUGAUGCUGUUAUCUCUGGGACCAAGGGGACCAUCAAGGUCCCCAACCACAUGUGGUGUCCUACGAGCCUGGAGGUGAAUGGGGAGGUGACGCAAUACCCUCUCCCUGAGCCCAGCCUUCCCCUCAACUUCAUCCACAGUACUGGGCUGCGCUACGAAGCAGAGGAGGUCAGGCAGUGUCUGCUUAAAGAGCUGAAGGAGAGCUCUGGAAUGCCUUGGUCACACUCACACCUUCUCGCCGAGGUCAUGGAUGAAGCCAGAAGACAAGUGGGAGUGACAUAUAAUCAAGACAACAUCUAAUGAGAUCAUGCAACCCAAGUCCCCCUUUCUCAGUCAUGGAUGCACUCUCUACCAAUGCUAGUCAGCAGGUGACUUCGGUCCAAUGAAUGCUAUAGGUUAUGCUGUUAUGAUGGUUAAACUAAGGGGGUGUGCUUGGGGAGACUCCCUCUGAUCUGCCUGGUAAUAAUGGUCUGUGUCCCAAAUGGCACCAUAUUCCCUUUAUGGUGCACAACAGUGCAUGAGUCCUGGUCAAAGUAGUGAACAGGGUGCCAUUUGGGAUGCAGACAUGGUCUCAGGAGGUUUUAAUAACUUAUGAGGCUAAUGGGCCUAUGAUGUUUAUUUCAUGAGGACCAACCCAUUCAUGGUGAAUAUUUUUUAUGGAUAUGUGCCAGUUAUGUUCAGCUUGUCAGCAUCCAUCCUAUUGAGUUUGCUGUUUUACUUGUUUGACCUCAAGCGAUUGGCCAGUCACUUAGUAGGUAAUAGGUUACAACAGAACAGACUACGUGUAACCUUGCUAGUAAGAGAGAACAUUGAUCUCCAGAUUGGAGUUGAGUGCAAUACUCCUCAUUCUGCUAAUGUAACAUAGGCUACCACCACUGCAGGGGAGAUGAUCAGCAGGCCUAUUGCUUAUUUCCUUAUUUUUCUAUAAUUUUGGAAAGUGACUAACUAUGGCCACAACAAGGUCAAGGUCAUCUAAGGUCACACGGAGGUUCUUAGCAGUCUGGGAGGUUGUGUCACAGACUGAGUCUCCGUGCCAUAGAAAUUCAGACAUAAAACCAGACGUUUAUUGAAGCUGUGUAUUGAUUGCAUUGAUGAGGACGCACAUUAAAUAAUUGUAAAGAUAUCCUCAUUAGUUCACCUGUAAAAGAGAGAUAUGCAUGUUUAGUUUAGUCGGAAUGUUGGUAAUUGGUUUUAGAGCAUGAAUGUUAAUAUAAGGAUGUUGUUUUAAAGCUAGAACUAGCGACUACUAAUGUUAUGAUAUGAGAUCACCAUUUAUAUGGAUAAAUAAAUGUUUUACAAUUAA